AUUAUUUGCACCUCAAUCAGAUCAAGGAGAAAUAAAAAAAUUGUACAUUGAGUUAGUUUAUAGUUACACAUCUGAUGAUGAUAAUAAUAGUACUGAUCAUAGUUCAGAUUCUGUUAGUAACAAUAAUGAUAUACCAAGUGGUAGAGCUUACCAACAUUGGCAAUAUGCUCAUAGGCAAUUUUGUCAAUAUAUAAAAAAAGUAAAAGGGAAAAACAAAUAG